GGCGUCCCAAGAUGGCGUCGUGGCUGCCGGAGACUCUGUUCGAAAUUGUAGGACAAGGCCCGGCGCCCAGCAAAGACUAUUACCAGUUAUUGGUCAAACGAUCUCAGGUCAUCUUUAGAUGGUGGAAGAUUUCUCUAAGGAGUGAGCAUCGAUCAACAAAACCUGGAGAAGUAAAAGAAACACAUGAAGACUUUCUAGAGAAUUCACAUCUUCAAGUUCAAAUUGCCUUAAUAUUUGGUGAAAGAAUAUUAGACUAUAUCUUCAAUUUGUGUGAAGGUAAAUUUGACUUCCUUGAACGGCUCUCAGACAAUUUGCUCCUGAGUAUCAUAUCUUAUCUGGAUCUUGAAGAUAUUGCCAGGCUUUCUCAAACAUCACGCAGAUUAUCAAAGUUAUGCAUGUCUGAGAAACUGUGGGAGCAGAUAGUCAAGUCGUCCUGCGACACCAUCACUCCGGACAUGCAGGCCCUGGCAGAGGACAUGGGCUGGAGGCAGAUGUUCUUCACCAACAAGCUCCAGCUCCAGCGGCAGCUCCGCAAGAGGAAGCAAAACCACGGGAACCACAGAGAGAAGCCAUUAUAGGGGCACAUUUUCCUGCUAGCGGGGACUGAGGCAUGGCUGUGUUUCUCGUCCAUGUCCAAAUCUCUUCCAAAGAACUCAGAGGUUUUGCUGAUUCAGGGAGCCAUUUGAAAAGCACAGGGGAUCUGCAUACAAAUGCAGCAGAACCUGCCUACCUAGUGCCUUGUUUGAAUCACUAUGUAUCAUUUUAACUGUGGCCCAACCACGUACAAGGGCUAUAGGACAGGAAACCUGCCCUAUCCUGACACCCAUUGAGGCUUCCGCUGUGUAUAUGCAAUAAAUGAUUAUUAACAGGUUCAAAAACAAAUCAGUUACCUACUUUAUCUAAGCAUUCAAAAGCAUAACUGGUCUUUUGAAUUCUUCUCUGGUGUUAUGUCAUCUGAGCCCAUCCAUGGAGUAGUUAGCUGAGUGGCUCCCCGGGAAAUUGAGGGGCAGGUGCCACAGAAGACAGUGGGGUGAGUGUAGCUGCCUUCCCCACUUUGUCCUUGUUUUGUUCCAUAAAGUCUGUAUUCGGGGCCCUGUCCCAGGACUCCAGGCUCUGUGUCCCCCAGUAGACAGACUCUGACCUGGCACUGGGGCUUGACUGGAGAAGUCCAGGCAUUCUGCUUGCAGACCUGGUUCAAAGUAUAACUUUCCAGGACAUCACAUUGUUAAAUAAACCUGUAAACAGUUCUCAGAGGGAUGCUGUUUCCUGGAGGAAGGGCAGCUGCACUUUUCGAAAAGAUUUUAAAGAAAGUCUGUGGGUAACUAAGUGAAAAUAGAAGUAUAGUUUGCAUUCUUUUAACAUGUCUGAGGGGUAAAAACAGUGCAGUUUUGGGGGAGAAAGGUCUACCUUACUGAGAAGGGUCAUUUAAAAAUUCUUUUCUCCCUACUCUUUCAGUUAAUUACGCCUGGAUAAUUAACUAACUCACAGCAGCAAAUAAUCUAAUGACUUUUUUUAGAUCACAGAGCAAAGUAGCUUUCUUUCUCUACAUCAUCUUUUUUUUUUUUUUUGAGACAGAGUCUCACUAUGUUGUCCUCAGUAGAGUGCCGUAGUAUCACAGCUCACAGCAACCUCAAACUUUUGGGCUUAAGUGAUUCUCUUGCCUCAGCUUCCCAAAUGGCUGGGACCACAGGCACCUGCCACAAUGCCUGGCUAUUUUUUUGUUGUAGUUUCAUUGUUGUUUAGCAGGUCCGGGACAGGUUGGAACCCACCAGCCCCAGUGCAUGUCACCAGCGCCCUAAUCACUGAGCUAUGCCAAGCCAACGCAUCGUCUUAUUAAUCUUAUAAGGCUUUCUUCUCUGUCGCCUCCACUCUUCUACCCAGGAAAAAUAAUGUACAUCCUGUGCCAGGGACACUCCCCAGGAUGUACCAGGCCCUCCCAAAUGGACUCUGCCCCUUCUUCCCACCUAAGUCCUUUCAGAAGGGCUCAACAGCAUGGCUUAGUGACAGAUUUUUUUUUUUUUUUUUUUUACCAUUAAAACUUAUGUUACUAUCAAACUGGAUUUUAGCCCCCAUUCACAUACCCUUAAAACCCGGUCACCUGGGCAGCGCCUGUGGCUCAAAGGAGUAGGACACUGGCCCCAUAUGCCGGAGGUGGUGGGUUCGAACCCAGCCCUGGCCAAAGAAAAAAAAAAACCCAGUCAUCUUACUCCCCAGUGCCAAUGUGACAUUCUACCUAGCCCUCUCUGCUUCUCACUGUUACAAGUCCACAGUCCUAAGUGUCCAGCGACAUCUAUGAAAUCAAGUGCAAUCUGUUUCCUGGCAGAUGAGGAGCCAUCAGAGUUGCAUUUGGAUUUAGUCCAAGGACAGAGCAAAGGUUUGUCAAGAGACCCCAGCCUCAUUCCCUGGCCAGGAGAGUCUUCCAGGGUGCGUGUGGAUGACUGGCAGGCAGCUCCGAAAGCAGGAGGGUAUGUCUGUCCCUGAGCUUCUGGACAUCACUCGUGACCUGGUCUCCAGUGACAGAACACAGGUUAAAACCAUGAGUAUGCACACACGGCCGCAAUUUAGUAUGUUGACAUAAUUUGUAAGUGUAUAACUUCAACUCAUUUGUAACAUCAGUGUGAAGUGUCAGGAGCUUAAAGCUUCACAUGUAGUGUUUUAUCAACAAACUGAGAUUCUGAAAUCGAAUGAUGAGCAUUAUAGUCAACAUUCAACAUGAAUCAAUAAGAACACAAAUAUGGCCACUUGAAAACACUAUAUAACUACAUAUAUCCAAUACAUAUGAUUUAUGUUUUACAUACAAUAUAUACUUACAUGUAGUAUACAACACAUAACAAAAUAUUAAAA